AGGUGUGCUGGAUGUCAACAGGUUGUGGUGGACUUCAAUGGGACUGAAGGCAAUAGACAUGAUGUUAAGUCUGAAACUGAAAGUUCAUCUCUAAAGGUUUUGCCACCAUGGAUGAUAAAAUCAGGGAUGGUUCUUACAAAAGAACAACGAGGAGAGGUGAAAGAGGAAAUAAAAAUGGAUGGGACUUCAACUUCCACAUCAGCACAGUACUCGGAUGACAAGAAAUCAACGGUUGAUCAUGAUGAUAAAAAAAAUAUACAGGAUGAGUAUAUCAAGGCUUAUUAUGCUGCUCUGCUUAAACAACAACAUGAAAUGGAAGCUUCUAGAAAACAAGACUUGUCAGAUACAUUUACUGGAAAUGAUCCUUCUAGCCGUGCUUCUAUUCGUCAAAUUGGCGUCAAAUCAAAACAUGAGGAAGAUGAUGAUGAUGAUGGUACAGACUGGGAGCAAGCACCAGUUGCAGGUACUGGAAAUGAAAAUUACAAGGUCAAUGAUUUGAAUGUUCAAGCUGAUGUUGCUCCAGCAGAUGUGGAUGAAGAUGAAGAUGUGGACUGGGAGGAAGGUUGAUGAGAACUUUCUCUUUGAACAGUGAGGUGCACAAAAUAUAAUUUUGGUGGGUGUAAUUUAUUCAACAACUGGCAGCAGUUAUAC